AUGAACUCCUUCGCUGUAUUCUUGGCCUUCGUCAUGCUUUUGGCUACCGCUCUCGCUGGACCAGGUGGAAAUCGUUAUGGGUGGCCAAGCUCUUAUGAGAGAUUCCUUGAGAAAAAAAGGAAAGAAGAAAAAACUAUAAAAAAAGGGAAAUUUUGGUUUUUUGUAAGGUUGGUAAAAACAAAAACAAUUUAG